UGACGUGUCACGCUCUGAAAGAAAGAUUGGUUUCAUUUUAUUCAUAAUCUUUUCUUUUUCUCUCGCAAACGACGACAAUGCGAAACGGCGAGAGAUUUGUGUUCCCAUCACCGUCGUCUCCUCUGUCCGGCCAUUGAAACACGAAGGCGACCGAUCUCCUCGUCUCCUCGUCUCCUCGUCUCCUCGUUUCCUCGUGUCCACCGGAACUUCGCGCCGACUAACUGAUCAAAUCAACCUGAGAAAGCAAAAAAGCGAUAGAUCUAUCUUUUAGCUCCUUCACAGUUGCUUUCAGAGAUGUAUAAUAACAUGGGACCUCAGCCUGGGAUGCCAAUGCAUCAGGGAAUUCCUCAGCCUGGGAUGCCAAUGCAUCCGGCUAUUCCUCAGCCUAGCCCCUCUGAGUAUGUGCAGAGCAACAUAAGUCGUUACUUCUCCGAUCCCCAAUACUAUUUUCAAGUGAAUGACCAAUAUGUGAGGAACAAAUUGAAGAUUGUUCUAUUUCCAUUCCUUCACAGGGGACACUGGACUAGAAUUUCAGAACCAGUUGGGGGAAGACUUUCAUACAAGCCUCCGAUAUACGAUAUAAAUGCACCAGACUUAUACAUUCCGCUUAUGGCAUUUGGAACCUACGUUGUUCUUGCUGGUUUGUCACUAGGACUCUAUGGGAAGUUUUCUCCAGAAGCUCUGAAUUGGCUUUUUGUGAAAGGAAUGGUUGGCUGGUUUUUGCAAGUCAUGCUGCUGAAGAUAUCAUUGCUUUCACUGGGUAGCGGAGAAGCACCCCUCUUGGAUAUUGUGGCAUAUGCAGGCUAUACUUUCACGGGCCUUUGUCUAGCUGUUCUUGGCAAGAUAAUCUGGGGAUAUUCUUACUAUGUUUUGAUUCCAUGGACCUGCUUAUGCACCGGGGUGUUCUUAGUGAAGACAAUGAAGCGAGUUCUCUUUGCGGAAGCUAGGAGUUAUGACUCAAGCAGGCAUCACUACCUCUUGAUCUUUGUAGCUUUAGCCCAGUUUCCUCUUCUGAUCUGGCUUGGUAACAUUAGUGUGAAUUGGCUCUUUUGAAAUGCAUUACGUUUACGUGGUUGGGAAAAACACCUCGGAGGUUAUGUAGCAGGAUUUGGAAUGUCCUCCUGAUGGAGAUAUGGUAGUUGAGGUUUUUUUUGGUGUAGACUUCUCUGUAUGUCAAACAUCAAUAUGGUGAAAGAAAAAGUUUUAUCUCAAAUACAUA